CUUUAAAUGUGUGUUUAUGUUGAUUUAUUUAUGGAUAAACCUAAUACACAGUUAAUUACAUAGAAAUUGUUCAGAAAAAUUAUUCCUUUUAGUAUACGAUUUUUGAGGAAAACAUGAGUAUUUUUACGCUUAAGGAGCUUAAGAGGCUGAUUCAUCCUCAUCAUUUGCUGAAUUUUGUGUUAGCAGUUUCAUAUUUAUUUGCAAAAUUAGUCCGACCGUUUUGUUCGUAUUUAUUUCCGAAAUCUGGCUGUGAAUUAGAAUUUAAAGAAACAGAAAUAUUAAUAUUUUUAGCUGUCAUUGUUUUAUUGCGAACAAAAAAGCGAGGAGCAGUCCAAAUGAUUCCUUACCUAUCAGCCUUUUGCAUGUAUGCAAAACUGGCAAACAUAGCUCUCUUUUUCUAUGCUGAUCCUCGUCUCGGAGUUAUUUAUUUAGUUUUAUGCCUCAUUCAUCUUCUUUUAUUUCCGGAACCUACUUAUGAAGGACCAGAAAAUGUUGUUUAUUUCACUGGACCUAGCCUAGAAGAGGAAUUAAAGAGAGAUACAAGGGUUACUUGGCUUAUAACAUUUUAUACAGUGUGGAAUUCUAAUUGUGUGAAUUUCGCACCAGUCUUUGCUGAAAUGUCUGUUAAAUAUGGACUUGAUAAUCUUAAAUUUGGGAAACUAGAUGUUACUAGGUAUCCCGAAGCAGCUGAAAAGUUCCAUGUCAGUACUUCUGCAUUUACUAAACAACUGCCUACUGUAAUCUUGUUCAGAAAUGGAAAAGAAGUAAAUCGUAGGCCUACUGUUGAUGCAAAAUAUCAACUUAUAAAAUUUUUCUUCUCUGAGGAAAAUGUUACGGCUGCUUUUAACCUGAACAAUCUAUAUGAAGAAUGCAAGGCCAAUCCUAUUAAGAAGCAGAAAAAAGAAGUGGAAACACAUGUAAAAGAGGAUUAGACAUCUGUGGCAUUACAGAAUUGCACAAUUAUAGUUAUUUGUUACCAAAGAUAUGCAAUUCUUGUAUGCAUUCUUUUUCAUGGAUGUUAUUUUAUGUUUUAGAAUUGUUCAGCUAGAAAUUUUUUACUGCUAUAAGAGUUCUUAGAAUUAUUCUCCUCUUUUUAAAAUUUAAAAUAUACAUAAGAAAAUUAUGUACAUUCUGAUUGUAAGUUGAAAUCUCUUACAUGAACUCUUAUUUUCUUUCUUCAUGUGCUAAAUUCUAAAAAUAUAUUAAUAGUAUUGUCAAAAUGUACAAUAAAAAAGAAAAGUAAUUUGCAAGAAAUUAUUGUCUGUAAACAUGUUUUGCUGAUGCAGAAUGUUACUGAAAGUAUAUUUCAAUGCUUUAGCAGUGAAUUAAAUAAUUUCUCCUUAUGUUCAUUAUUAAAACUUUUCUGGAAA